GCAGGAAGUAAGAAUCGUGUGAUUGUCUGAAGGUAUAGGAGAGACUGUCAGUGUGAGCUGUUUACACGUGCUCUGCUGCAUAUUAAGAAUGGACAGCGAAUUUACUCCUCUUGAAUGUCUCCUGCCUACAGGAAACGAGAAGUAUGGACUUAUCAUUCUAAAUCAACCACUGAAUCCAAUACGGUUAAAACAUCUGUGGCACAAGUCUUCUUUGAAAGCCUGUGCUGAUGGAGGUGCAAAUCAUCUAUAUGAUGUCACAGAAGGAGUUCAAGACCGGUUCCUUCCUGAUUUCAUCGGUGGAGACCUUGAUUCAAUAAAACCUGAGAUCAUGAAGUUUUAUAAAGACAAGGGAUGUGAAAUUAUAGAAACUCCUGAUCAAGAUUCCACUGACUUCACAAAAUGCCUUUCAAUUCUUCAUAAAAAAAUAGCAGUAAAGAAAAUUAAGGUUGAUGGAGUAAUUGUCUUGGGUGGUCUUGGUGGACGCUUUGACCAUAUUAUGGCUUCAGUUCAGACUCUGUAUCAUGCUGUUGAUAUGUCACCUUUGCCAGUGACAGUAAUUGAUGGAACUUCACUUAUUCGCCUACUUCAACCUGGAAAACACAAGCUGCAUGUGGCAACAGGAAGAGAGGGAAAGUGGUGCGGCCUUAUACCCGUGGGCGCAGCAUGUAAUGCCGUGACAACUACCGGCCUGAAAUGGAAUCUCUCUAAUGGUGUGUUGAAGUUUGGAACUUUAAUCAGCACUUCAAAUACCUAUGACGGCCCUGGGAUUGUGACAGUGGAAACGGACAACCCUUUGGUUUGGACAAUGGGCAUCAAGAAUAUGUGUGACGAAUAAAAAUGUCAGCAUAGGGCCUCAAUGGGACAAAUCAAGGUGUUGGUUAUUAGAAAGAAAAAAAAAGAAAAGCUUUAUAUCAUUUCUAAAUUUACAGACCCAGUGCUCUCAGGAUUGUCAUAAUAAAAACUUUAAUAUAUAUAUUAUGUUAAAGCUUGAUCCUGUUAGAAGCUGGGCAACAAAAUGUGUUUUAUUUUUUUAAAAAUCACAUUUUCUUUGAAAACCUGCUGGAGGUGGCAUGAUAGCUCAUUUUUUAUACCUUUAUACAUUUAUCUUUAUACUGUAACAUGCUGGCAGCUGAAUAUAUAUAUAUAUAUAUAUAUAUAUAUAUAUAAAUCUUUCAACUUGAUUUGACUUUUUUUGUAUUGAAGUGUCCCUCUAUCCUACUUUUUCAAUAUUAAACUCAAAAGAGAAAUAAAAUAUAAAAAAAAUGAAUUAAAAGGUAAAAAAAUAUCUAUCUAUAUACUGAGUAUUACCAAUGCUUACAUUUAUACAACUUACAACAUAAAUAAAUAAUUAUAUUGCAUUAAUCUUUAUUUUUUGUAUUGAAGUGUCCUUCUAUCCAACUUUUUGAAUAUUAAACUCAAGAGAAAUACAAUAUAAAAAAUAAAUUAAAAGGCAAAAAAUAAUGAAAGAUAAAAAAUAUCUAUCUGUCUAUAUACUGAGUAUUAUCAAUGCUUACAUUUAUACAACUUACAACAUAAAUAAAUAUUUCUAUUGCA